AGUCAUCUUCUCCUCUCCUACCUUUCUUUAUUCAUUCGUUCGUUCAUUCCAUUUUAUUAAUUGGGUUUCUGAUCUUUCGUCUUCUUCCCCUACUUUUUAAUCUCAUAAUUCCUUCCUUACUCCUCAAUUACAGACAGAGUCAAUACAAAUCCAACCUUGCCUUCCUCCUGUUCCUUUGUCGUGAUUUUCCACCUCUCUCUUUCUCUCUCUUAAUGGUAUUCAAUAAUUGUAAUUGAAAUUAAAGUGGAUAGCCGUUUCAAAAAGAAGAAAAACCCACUACCAUCUUUCUCUCUCUUCCCACAGUUUUCACUCACGAGAACGGACACAGAGAGAGAGAAGAUGACAGAGCACAAGUGUGAUUUUGAAUGUGACGGAAGAACGUUUUAAGCGAAUUUACUGUCGGCGACAGGCGUUUCGGUUGACAAUUUAAUAGUAUGUUUAUAGGAAGAAGAACAACGAAUGAGCAAUUAGCGCUUGCAGUCCCUUCAUUUUUCAUUGGAGUGGCUGCUCUGCUUUCUUUCGCCGGCUGCCCAAGGUGUUGAAGAAGGGCAUAAACUAAUGAAGAGGCUAGUGGCACUGCUUUUGUUUCUGGCAUUAGGAACUGCUGGUGUAAUAGGGGGAGGAUGGAGUGGUGGGCAGUGUGAUAACAAGAGAACCUUGGACCCUAGACCUCAUAGUGUAUCCAUCUUGGAGUUUGGUGCAGUUGGGGAUGGGAAAACAGUGAACACGAUUGCCUUUCAAAAUGCCAUCUUCUAUCUCAAGUCUUUUGCUGACAAGGGAGGUGCUCAGCUCUAUGUACCAUCAGGCAGGUGGCUUACGGGAAGCUUCAACCUCACUAGUCACCUCACGCUUUUCUUGGAAAGAGGCGCCUUCAUUCUUGGAUCGCAGGAUGCUGCUCACUGGGAUAUCAUUGAUCCCUUGCCAUCAUAUGGUCGAGGAAUUGAACUACCAGGUGGAAGAUAUCGUAGCUUGAUAACUGGAUAUAAUUUAACAGAUGUGGUGAUAACAGGUGAUAAUGGAACUAUAGAUGGGCAGGGUUCUAUAUGGUGGGAGUCAUUCAAAGCUCAUUCUUUAAACUAUAGCCGUCCUCAUCUUGUGGAAUAUAUUGGCUGCAAGGACCUUGUAGUUUCGAAUCUCACGUUCUUGAAUUCCCCUGGCUGGAACAUCCAUCCAGUUUAUUGCAGCAAUGUGCAAAUUCAAAAUAUUACUGUUCAUGCUCCACCUGAAUCUCCAUACACUGUUGGUAUAGUUCCAGAUUCUUCUGACAAUGUGUGCAUUGAGCACUCCAAUAUUAGCAUGGGUUAUGAUGCUAUUGCGCUUAAGAGUGGUUGGGAUGAGUAUGGCAUUGCAUAUGGAAGACCAACCAGAAAUGUUCACGUCAGAUGGUCUCAACUUCAAGGUUCUAGGGGUUCUGCCCUGGCCUUCGGUAGCGAAAUGUCUGGUGGCAUCUCUGACAUUAUCGUGGAGGGCCUGCACAUACAGAAUUCCUUCAGUGGUAUUGCAUUCAAAACUACCAAGGGCAGAGGCGGUUAUAUAAAAGACAUUCUUUUGUCAUAUAUAGAAAUGGAAAAUGUCUACGAGGCACUAAAAGCCACUGGUCAAUUUGGAUCCCACCCAGAUGACGAGUUUGAUCCAAAUGCUCUGCCAGUUAUUGAUCACAUCACCUUGAAAAACAUUAUUGGCACAAACAUCACUGUUGCUGGAGAUCUUGAAGGAAUUCAAGAGUCUCCUUUCACCUCAAUCUGUCUUUCCAAUAUCUCUUUAUUUAUCACUUCUGGCACUUCUAGUUCAUGGUUCUGUUCAAAUGUAUUGGGAUUUUCUGACUCUGUGUUCCCAGAACCGUGUCCCGAUCUCCAGAGCUCAUAUUCAAAUUCUUCUUCUGCCUGCUUUUCCCUGGCAUCUUCUGAUGGUUAUGCUGCAGCCUUGUGAGAUUUUCACUUUGCAAAUACUCCUUUCCAGCUCUUGUGUACAACGAGAGAGAAACUAGAUGCCCCUUCAGUUCCUUCUUGAAUUCUGUUGAAUUCUUUCCUAAUAAAAUUCAGAUUCUGGACCUUCAGUUGUUCAAUUUUCUCCUAUACUCUCAUCAUACACCGAAACUAUAUUGAUGCUGGCGUCAUGCCUUAUCGGCAUCGUAUAUGUACAGUCUCAUUUCUUCAUUCUUGUGUAAGGAAAUUUUUGGUAGGAAUGGUAGUAGUCCAAGUGAUAGUGAUUGUUAGCACUGCAUGUUUCUCUGUUUUCUCUUUAUUUAAUGAUUUAUUCUUAUAUUGUACAUGUUACAUGAUCCCACAUGGGCUUGUCGUGACAGGGAUAGGGGUUGGUCCAGGGUGGAGCAGCCCAAGUAGUGUCCAGGUGGACCGUUGUAAUUGGAAUAAAUGGUUGCAGAGGUUGAUGAGUUA